AUGGCAUCUGCCACCAUGGCAUCUGCCACCUCAGCGUCCCAGGUCGAGUCAAUCACCAUGGCCUCCGCGGCGUGGGAUGCUAUCGGCAUGGAGCUGACAAUCUUCGCGGUCACGGCCCUCUGCGCAGUGGCUGUGCGGAUGCUCACGAGCAAGCAACAGAUGCCUCUGAAAGGCUACGGCAAGACCCCUGGGUUCGCGAAGGCGACUCCUGCCGCCAAGACUUGUCCCACGACCAUCAGCGAUGGGGCCCCAUGGCGCAGUGCGGGCGCCAACCAACGGCGCAGGCCUGUCCUGACAGUGCCCGCCCGCACUGCCAGCGGCCGGCAGUCGGGCGUCCAGGAUCCUUCCGCGCUGGUCUCCAUCAUCGACGAGGUCGUCAGCGGCAUCCGGGAGCAGCAGAGCAUGAAGUUCGCAUCGAGGGUCCUCGUGCUCUACUCGGAGUUCCAGGCGUGCAUGUCGGCGCCCGGCGCGCCGACUCUCGAGCAGGCGGCCAGGCGUUCCAAGCACACGCCUUUGGAGUUCUACACGGCAGUGGUGCAGUGCGCGGUGCGGACGAGCCGCUCGGGCCUCGUCGACGGGAUUAUCGGGGACAUGGUCCGCUUCAAUGUCGAGCGGAGCCUGCACUUCUACGAGGUCACCAUGAAGCAGCUUGCGGCCCAGAAGCAGUACCGGCAGGCACUCGCUACGUACGACCGCCUGAAGGAGGACGGUCUAGAGCCCUCGGUGGUGACGUGCAGUUGCCUGAUCGGCUUUGCCGCCGAGGUCGGGGAGCUGAGUCGCGCGGUGGAGUUCUUCAGGACCCUGUCGUCGAUCACGACGCCGUCCAUCCGGGCGUACAUGACGGUGCUGCGCGUGCACGCGAAGAGGCAGGACUGGGCCGCCUCGCUCGCGGUCUUCCGGGAGAUGCGGGAGCGCGGGGUGAAGCGGGACAGCCUGGUCCUCAACUUCGUGCUCGCCACGGGCGUGUCCUGCGACCAGGUCCAGGAGGCGGCCGCGCUCGUCGAGGAGGCCCAGCGCGAGGAGCCCGGCAUCCUCGACGUGGUGUCCUACAACACGGUGCUCAAGGGCUACACCCAGCGCGGUGACGCGGAGGGCGCUCUCAGGACCCUCGCGGAGAUGAGCUCCAGGGGCGUGGCCCCCAACUCGAUCACCUUCAACACCGCCAUGGACGCCGCGGUGCGGGGCGGCAGCGUGGCGGAGGCCUGGGAGCUGCUGGGCGGCAUGCGCCGCGCGGGCCUGCCCCCGGACAAGUUCACCUGCUCCAUCCUGGUCAAGAGCCUCGCCAGGAGCGGAAGCAGGGAGUACGUCCCGGAGGUCCUCGCCUUGCUCGCGGAGGUGGGGGCCAGAUGCGACCCCGGGCUCCUCUCCUCGCUGUACGCGGCCGCGCUGGAGGCGGCGGCGCCCGACGCGGUGUUGCUCUCGAGGGCGGUGUCGCAGAUGCGCGCCCAGGGCGUCGCCGCGCCGCCCGCGGCGCGGCAGCUGCUGGCGGAGAUCGGAAGAGCCGCGGGCGCGGACUGA